UCGUGUUUAGUCUCAUUGCUGAACACUGUAUUUAUGUGAAUGUUGUAUUAUUUGUUUUCUGUAUAUUAGGUACGGCAGUAUCGAAACGAAAUUUUUCACUCUAGCUCUAUGGAGUUAGAGGAGAGCAAGGCUAAUUGUUAUAUCGAUGACAUGAUAGCUGUUCUACAAGAUGGUAAAGAACUUGUACAUCGACAAGAUGCACAACAAGCUGUCGGGAAACUUCAAGAUCUAAAGAAGAAGGAAUUCAUUAUUACCACUGAAGACUUUGAAGAAAUUCUGACACAAAUCAAAGAAGAAAUGAGAACAGAAAAUGCUUCAACUAAAGAGGAAUUUGAGGUGCUCAAAAGUAAAUUAACUGAACUUAAAGCACAGAUGUCGGAAGCUGAGAAAGAACGUACAGAGUUGAAAAGAAAAGUUACUGUUCUUGAGACAGUGCAAGAAGAGGAGAUAAAAAAACUCAAGGUAGAAGACUCUCCUCAACAAAAACAGUUAGAAUUUCAAAAGGCCAAAUCAGAUUGUCGUACUCAAUUGAUAGAACAUUAUUGCAGUGAUGUACUUAAGGUAUCGGCAAUACCUUUACAACCAGAUGAGGAAAAUUGUAACUUCAGUGACAUUUAUAUAAGACCCACUAUAACAAGCAAGAUAGAAAAGAACAGAGGGGAGUCUGAGGAAAAAGAAAUAGAGUCCAUGUCAGAGAUUUUCACCAAGAACGGGGAACCACAGAAAUUUAUUUAUGUUAUUGGAGAUGCAGGGUCUGGUAAGAGUAGUUUCUGUAAAUAUUUGAUCAACUGUUGGUGUAUGGCACACAGUGAUGGACACAAUGAAGAUGAUGAGUUUGAAGGAGUCAAGGAAAUGAACAAAUUUGAUUUUAUGUUUUAUAUUUCUCUUAGACAUAACAUAAAGAUCCGAAGUAUCCAAGAAAUGCUUGAAAUGCGAUAUGAUAAGAUAAAAAAUUUAAGUAAACUUCUGGAAAAUGAUUCUGAAAAGAUAAUUAUUUUGCUUGAUGGUUUAGAUGAAUGGUCUUUUGACAGUGAGACUAGAAAUGAGUUCCAGGCAGGCCUUCCUGAACGUGACUUUACAAAGAAAUACACCAUUGUUACUACAUCACGACCAUGGAAAAUUCACAGUUUGAGAGUAAGUAAUAGAGAGAUUCAUCAAUUAUUGAAAUUAAAAGGGUUUGAUGAAACACAUGAAAAAGAAAUGAUUAAGAAAACAAUAACAGCAUUGAACGAAUCAUUAGAUCCUAAUGUGUGUGAACAAAAACUUAAGGUACAGUCUCUGGUUGGCCUGAAACAGGUACCAAUUAUGCUGCAGCAAUUGGUUUGUCUAUGGUGUGAUGGUAAACUCAAUAAAACCUCAAGGUGUGCUAUUUAUACUGGUAUGUUAGAACUUUAUUUCACCUGGAAUUUCAAUAAAACUUUAGGAAAGAAUACAGAAUGUAUGGAAAGUUCUCAGAAUGUUGAACUCCCUCAGUAUUUAACAGAUGUAGAGAUAUGUAGAUUAAAUAGUCAUCUUAUAUAUGGUGUGUCACGCUUGGCUUAUGAGACACUGUUCAAUUAUCCUAAGGAUAAGUCCUUAACAUUUGACAAAUCUAUGUUUGAUCAUUUAAAAAUAUCACAAGAUGUGCGACAAACAUGUCUGAAACUAGGGAUUUUGACAGAAGAUAAAUGUCCUUCUUUUUCUGUAUCCAAACCUAAAAGCUCAUUGUUCUCUUUCAUUCACAAAUCAAUGCAAGAAUUUCUGGCUGCAGUGAAUAUUGGUAUAAAUUUCAAUGCAAAAAUGUGUUCAUCAGAUAGUACAGGAAAUGUUGAAUUAGUCAAAACGUUUAUAUGUGAGGUUUUACGGAAUUGUUCAACAGUAAAUGACAUAUUAGAGCAGUCAAAUGUCAUCAUUAUGCUAUGUGGUCUAGAAUCUAGAUUAGCAACACAUGUUUCAAAAUACAUAUAUGAUACUGUGUCGGAAGACUCUCGUGUUCAGGAACACAGGAGAACAAUAAGUAGUCAUCAUAGUUGUAUUACUGAUAUUCAAAAGCUUAUAUUUGAGUCAAUGGAAGAAUUCAAUGCAGCAUGUAGUAUAGGAAGUAAUACUGUGUUUUAUAUAGGAGAUUUGGUCAUUGAUAAAUGGGGUCAGUAUUGUGAUAUUGUUUGUUCAGGUAUUGAUCAACAUCAAAUUGUUCCUGACUCUGUUCUGUCUAUUCAUGUAGAUGAAAUCAGCACAAAAAAUGUUAAAUUUACAAAAUAUUUACCAAUGUUUCAUCAUCUUGAAAAAAUUGUAAUAAGAUAUGGAUAUGAAUCACAAAGUGAUACUAGUAGUACACAUAGUAAUGAACAGUUGAUUAAUGAGAUAAACAAUUGUGUUGCUGAGACAAUUAAAGUAAACACUUCAACAUUAAAAUCUCUGACUCUUUAUGAUGUCUCUAACACUGGCAAGUAUAACCCGGUGUAUAUUAAAACAGUUGUUAGUAACCUACCUAGUAUGAUCAAUCUUGUAGCAAUAAGUAUGAGUAAUAUAACAAUGAGUCAUGAUGAUACUAAUACAUUUUGUAAUUUUCUUGAGGGAACCAGUCAUCUUGAACAAAUAGAACUUUGUUAUGUUAAAUAUAAGUGUAGGAAGCAGCAUGAUGUAAAUUUAUCAAAACAUCGACAACUUCAGUACCUUUAUUUGUAUCAUACUGUUAGUGUGAUAGAUGCUGAUACUACAAACCUUGAAAUAUUUAAAUUUGGUAAAUUGAAAGAUAGUAAUUAUGAGAAAAUAUUUGAUAUUAUUAGAAAAUCUAACAAAUUAAAAGAACUUCAAUUGUAUGGAAAUUCUGACAAUAAAUCUCGAUUAUAUCAUACCAACAUAACAAAGAGACUAGUCACAGUAUUACUAUUGUUACACAAUCUCAGUAAGCUUGAGUUAGGGUGGUGUAGGUUAACUGACAAUAUAAUACAGUCACCUUUAGAGAUGAAGAGUUUAAAGAACAUUAAGCUUGUUUUUGUCAUAAUGAGUUUGACAACAUGGCAGAAGUUUGUUGAUAGUCUUCCUGGUAUUCCUCAUACUGUAGAUGUGAGUGUAUUUAACUGUUAUAUAACAGGAGAUGGUGAGGAGUUUAAUGAUGAUAGGUUAACAUUGACAUCACAAGGAGGAGGGAAGGGAAAUGAUGCUAUACAGUAUGUAAAGGAUCAGGAUCAGUUAUUUCAUGUUGAACAUGAUUAUGGUAAUUUGUUUAUAUUUUCAACAAAAAAGUGAUAUAGGAUGCAUGAAGUGAACAUAGUGAGAUGAUAAUAAUUUGGUUUUUCAUUUUCGACAAAAAAACUUAUCCGAAAUUAUCCGAAUUGUUAACAUAGUGAGGGAGAAUACAUGCAGUAAACGUAUGUUAAUCUUAAUUAUUUCAUGAUAAAAGACAUAUAAAAGUAGACUUUUCAUUAUCAGCAAAUAAGUAAUACUAAAGUUACAUAUUGAUAAGUUAAAUAAUGAAUGUAAUGCAAUAUGAUAGAUAACAAUCAUUAAAAACAGUUGAACUGAAAUAUUAAUUUCUGGUACAUUGUAAUAAUAUUGAAAUUGAUGAAAGUAAUAUUCAAAUGUGUAUUUCACUAAAAAAUGAAAGUAAUAUUCAAAUGUGUAUUUCAC